CAAAAUGUAAAAGCCCACAAAAGUAAAAGGAUGGUCCAAAAUAUAUAAAAGGCAAUUCUGAUGUUCAGAUCUCCGUGGAUGCAUUCCUGUCCAGUGAGUGCACGUCCCAAUGGAUUGCAUCUAUUGCUUAUCAGUGCACAAAACCCUUUGUGGUCUGGGCUCUAGCUACUUUCCCAGCCCACCGGUAACCACUCCCUCUUACCUCUAUACUCCGCUUUCAGAUCUCAAGCCUUCAAAUUAACUUAUUUUUCAUUGUUUUAUCGGUCAGUAGAAUCUAGUUACUCUAUGUCUGUUUUUGCAUUUGCUUUGCAUGGAAACUUAUUGAGGCUUCAGCUCUAUUUCCACGGUUAUCUCCAGCACCAUCAUCAGACUCUCAAAAGAAGUGGCAAGAACGUAAGCAAGGGGCUCUGGUGCAAAACGAAUCAAAGUGAUUCAAAGCUGUGGAGACUUAACCGUGAGAACAUUGGUGCCCUGUCAGAAACAUUCAUGGCUAAAUGUGAAGUGGGACUGGCAAGGUUUCCAACGGAUACCAUACUACGCUCAAAAUGGAUUAGUGCUGUCAAUCGUGUGGACCCCAGAAGCAAGAAGAUUUGGAUUCCAGGACCAGGUGCUAUACUAUGUUCCAAACACUUUCGAGAAAGUGACUUUGAGUCAUAUGGCAUAAGAAGAAAAUUGAAAAAAGGAGCUGUGCCUUCCGUUUCUCUCUACAAGGUUCUUCAAGGCGUGCACCUUAAAGGUAAAGCAAAACAGAAAGUCCUAAAACAGCCACUUCCAGAUAAUUCUGAAGAAGUUGCUACUGAGGACCAUACCUAUAGUUUAAGGAGACCUUUGACAGUAGGUGCAGAGAACCUGGCUGAGGUGCAACAAAUGCUCCAAGUGUCCAAAAAAAGACUUAUCUCUGUUAAAAACUAUAGGAUGGUCAAGAAGAGAAAGGGCUUGCAGUUAAUCGAUGCCCUCGUAGAAGAAAAACUACUUUCUGAAGAAACAGAGUGUCUGCUCCGAGCACAAUUUUCAGAUUUUAAGUGGGAGUUGUAUAACUGGAGCGACACGGCUGGAUACUCCACGGAGAUGAAGCAGUUUGCAUGUACACUGUACUUAUGCAGCAGCAAAGUCUAUGAUUAUGUAAGAAAGAUUCUUAAGCUGCCUCAUUCUUCCAUCCUCAGAACGUGGUUAUCAAAAUGUAAACCCAGUCCAGGUUUGAACAGCAACGUUUUCUCUUUUCUUCAGCGAAAAGUAGAGAAUGGAGACCAGCUGUAUCAAUAUUGUUCAUUGAUAAUAAAAGGCGUAUCCCUCAAGCAGCAACUUCAGUGGGAUCCCAGCAGUAACACUUUGCAGGGGUUUAUGGACUUCGGUCUUGGGACACUUGAUGCUGAUGAAAUACCACUUGCCUCAGAAACUAUUUUAUUAAUGGCAGUGGGUAUCUUUGGUCAUUGGAGAACACCUCUUGGUUAUUUUUUGGUCAACAGAGCAUCUGGAUAUUUGCAAGCUCAACUGCUUCGUCUGACUAUCGGCAAACUGAGUGACAUAGGAAUCACAGUUCUGGCUGUUACGUCUGAUGCCACAGCUCACAGCAUCCAAAUGGCAAAAGCGUUGGGGAUCCGUAUCGAUGAAGACAACAUGAAGUGUACAUUUCAGCAUCCUUCAUCCUCCAGUCAACAGAUUGCCUAUUUCUUUGAUUCUUGCCACUUGCUGAGAUUAAUAAGAAAUGCAUUUCAGAAUUUCCAAAUCAUUCGAUUUACUAAUGGCACAGCACACUGGCAGCACCUUGUGGAGUUAGGAGCACUCAAGGAACAAGAACUAUCAAAUAUGGAAAGAAUCCCAAGUAAACUUGCAGAUUUGAAAAAUCAUGUCCUAAGAUUGAAUUGUGCGUCCCAGCUCUUCAGUGAGAGCGUAGCCAGUGCAUUAGAAUGUUUACUGUCGUUAGACCUACCUCCUUUUCAGAACUGUAUCGGUACUGUGCAUUUUUUGCGCUUAAUUAACAAUCUGUUUGACAUUUUUAACAGUAGGAACUGUUAUGGAAAGGGACUUAAAGGACCUCUAUUGCCUGAAACUUACAGUAAAAUAAAUCAUGUGUUAAUUGAAGCCAAGACUAUUUUUGUUACAUUAUCUGACAUUAGCAAUAAUCAAAUCAUUAAAGGUAAACGAAAACUAGGAUUUCUGGGAUUUUUGCUUAAUGCCGAGAGUUUAAAAUGGCUCUACCAAAAUUAUGUUUUCCCAAAGGUCAUGCCUUUUCCAUACCUUCUGACUUACAAAUUCAGUCAAGAUCAUCUGGAAUUAUUUCUAAAGAUGCUUAGGCAGGUAUUAGUAACCAGUUCUAGCCCUACCUGCAUAGCAUUUCAGAAAGCUUACCAUAAUUUAGAAACCAGAUACAGGUUUCAAGAUGAAGUUUAUCUAAGUGAAGUAAGCAUCUUUGACAUUUCAGUUGCUAGAAGGAAAGACUUGGUCCUUGGGGCAAUUCAAUGUCAGUAUGGUGUCAGCAGUAUGAGGACACGUUUUCUCAAGGAGGAUAUUUGCCAAGACAGGUCUAAUUGUUCACUAGGUGAAGCGUUACUAGACCCAUCAGAUCAUAGGCGACAUAGCAUCCCAUGUGCUAGUUAUGUUGCAAAUAAGUUAUCCGCUCUUUUAACCUGUGAAGACUGCAUCACUGCACUAUAUUCAUCAGAUCUCAAACCCUCAAAAAUUGGGUCACUGUUAUGUGUUAAAAAGAAGAAUGGUUUGCAUUUUCCUUCAGAGAGUCUGUGCCGGGUUAUAAAUACUUGUGAGCAAGUUGUAAAAACCCAUUCAGGAAUGGCUAUUUUUGAACUAGUUCCUAAACAGAGGGAAUUAUAUCUUCAACAGAAAAUAUUACAUGAGCUCGCUGGGAAUACUGAUCUUUUCGUAGAUUUAGAUGGACAUCUCUUUGAUGGAGAAGUGUGUGCUGUCAAUCACUUUGUAAAGAUGCUAAAGGAUAUAAUCAUCUGUUUCUUAACUCGUAGAGCUAAAGAUAUAACUCGGUACCCUUUAAAACAUCAUUCAGAAAGAACUGAAACAAAAACUUCCCUAAGGAAACACUGGUCAUCUUUACAGGAUUAUAAAUGUUCAACUUUUGCUAAUACCAAUAAAUUCGGGCAUUUGCCAAGUAAUGAUGGGUAUCUAUUCAAAUGAGAGACCAAAAAUAUAUUAGCAUUAUUAAGACUAUUUGGCCACGUUUUUUUAAAAAGUUCACUUUAGUGUAUUUUUACAAACUGGCCAUUCUGCACAGUGGACAAGUUUGCAAUACUGACAUUUAUGCAUACCAGAAAUCUGCUCAUAAUUUGGUAUAGCUUGCAGCACUUACAAUUUUCCAAAAUGUAGGAAACAGCAUGUCAUUCAUUAAUACCAAAGAUAGCCAAUGGUCGCUAUCUUUGGACUUACCACAGUAAGACUGAGUAAUGACUGGACUUAUCUUUUAACUUAAUCAAUCUACUUUAAAAAUAACAACUAGGAAUCACCAAAGCAUUGACUCCUUUUAUCAACCACAUUUUCCUAAAAGAGCUCUGGUUUACAAUAUUCAAGAAUGCUGAGAGGCUACCUAUGAAACAAAUAGACUUUAUACUUAAAUGUGAAAAUUAUGUUGUGGUUUGAAACUAGGCUCAAGCAAAUUCCCAAAUACUAUUAAAAAAAUCCCCUGUCCUGGGGUAUCCUAAAACAGAAGUACUUACACUUUGUCAGGCAGAAGAGAAGUGUGUGAGCCAUGAGGUUGUUUCUUGUGCUAUAAACAAGCUGCGGAUUGCAG